CAUUCUAGCGUUCAAGCCGGCAUUGUGGAAUUUUUAAACUUUAAUUUUCGUUUAUUUAUAUUGCGCUUUCAGCCCUGCGCGUGUAAGUGUGGUUAUCCAGCUUUCGCAGAUUACCAACGCAGCCCAAUCAAACGAAAUUAGUAAAAAUCCGGUGAAAAUUUGUUUGUUACGCACACCCCAGCAUUGUAAUGACGCCGCCACGCUCGGAGAGUCCAGUGCGUCGAUCUGCAAACAAGCGCAAGAGUUCAAUUCUCGAGUCCAUUGAGGAGAACGAGACGGUACGCUCUUCCUUGGAUCUGUACAACUGCAAUAAGCUGAGCACAGCCAAUGCCUGGGAUAUAUCGUUGAUUGAUACACUGGCCAAUCUAAUGGAUAACCAUCACAAAAAGCUACGCAGCUUCAACAUGGCUGGCUCUUUGCUGCAGGUCUCGGGCAAGGUCUACAGCCUGCGUGUAGACUCCAUCAACAUCGAUGCACGUCGUAUAUCGGCGGGUUUGAAUGCUCGCACCUUGACGGGCUUACCUGACGGACCUCCAGUUGAUGGCGAAGGCGGCGAUGGAGCUCCUAGUCAACAGCAGCAGGCGGCACCUAAGCGCAAGCGCCAGAAAAGGAAGUUAUCAACGUUGGCAAAGAACAAGGAAAUGUUGAAUGCGCCUUUGGAUAUGGUGCCCAUGCAGGACCCUAUAUUUGCAAAGCUCAAUUCGACGGUGGGCUCCCUCGAUGCAGCCCAUCGAAUGAUGCACAACAUUCUGCCCAGCGUGGACUCUGAGAUGCGGCUACGCCCGACUUCCAAAAUGUUUGAUGACACCGAGGAGACGGAUGAGCUCAUGGACAGCGAAACGCUGAGUGCUGGCGCCAAGGAGUGGACCGCUGAAGAGUUGUGCAAUGCGGAUUGGCUGCCCGAACUGUACAACCGUAUGGAUGAUCUAAAACUGCGGCCACUCCACACGGGUUAUGUGAUAACCAAUCCCAAUGAACCCAAUCCCAAGCCACAGUCGGGAUCUAUUUCAGAGGUGGCCUUUGACAUGAAUGCCGAGUGUGAACCCAUGCCGGAUAUUGAAGCCGGUCCUCCCAUUAUCUUAGAUAAACACUCGAAUGAUUUGCAGGAGCUCACCGCUGAAGAGCAGACGGUCAUCACCAAUUGCCGCCGUUUAAAGAAAACCGCCGAAUUCAUUGACGAUCUGAGGCCAGUGGAUGGUGUCACUAGGCUGGAGUAUUCAUACAGACCCAUGGAUCAGAUCUCACAGCUUUGUGAAGCUCCUGCGCAUUGGAAAUUCAGGAUCCCUCGUCCGCGCACCACUCUGGCCCAGACAAUUGGCCCAAAGGAUGCUGUGACUGUUGGCAAACCAAAGAAAACCAAAACCGCUGCCGCUGCCGCUGCCGCUGCCGCCAAGCUACGCAUGAAGGAGUUCCACUAUGGACAAUGCAAAGAGGAGCUCUUCCAGCCUCUUGAUGCCAACAUAAAGCAGCAAAAGGUCAACUAUCAAAAGAAAUGCGAAGCCCGAAAGCGGAUGCCCACGAAAUCCAACAAUGAAGCGGAUUACCAAGUUAGCCAGCAAUUUGGUGAUGCCGAUCUGGUUGAGAGUCUGGGCAAUGAUGUGGAUAUGGAUAGGGGCUUACACCACGGUGGUGCCGAUAGAGAGCUCUUUGACAAUGAAAAUUUCACCACAGAUGAUCCUGUCAUGAACCGAAUGUUGGCAGCGGGCAUUGAAGAUCCCAUGGACAUGAUGAAUAAGGAUUUAUGUGGGGAUAUUCCCAAUCAAAGCCAAAGCAUGCAUGAGGGUGAGGAUACAAUCAUGGAGAUAUCAACCGAAUUUAAGGGUGCACCAAGGCAGGUCAGCAAUGUGAUUGGGCCAUUUGCGAAGCGUGCCAAGGUGAUCGACAUGAAGAAUCUCAAGAACAGCUGCCAAUAUUUGAUCCAGAAACAAUUCAGUUCUGGCAAUGAGGCAUCGAUACCCUCCCUCCCAGUGCCAAAAGAAGAAAGCUACGCCAAGGGUACCGCAAGCUUCCAGGAGGUUUACCGAUCGUUGCCUGAUGUGCUGAGUGACGAAAGCAAAGAUUUUCUGUCCCCAUCGGUGGCCCUUAAUGCGGUUCUCCAUUUGGCCACCGAUAUGAAAAUGCGACUCAUUCCACAAGAGAAUCUAGAGGAUUUUAAAAUCCUGCAAGUUCGGGAUGACGAAGUUUAAUGACGAGCUUUUAGAAAAACUGAAUUCUGAUACAAUGCUAGAAGUAAUCAAUCUUCACACAAUUUUAAAUACAAAAAAAAAUUAAUGCAACAACACAUACACAAAACUAAACGAAACGAAGCAGGGCACUUUUCC